AUGACGGAGCUAGCCAACUAUAAAAGACUCGAGAAAGUGGGUGAAGGUACUUACGGUGUUGUGUACAAGGCAUUGGAUUUGAGACACGGUCAGAGGGUAGUUGCAUUGAAAAAGAUCAGACUCGAAAGCGAAGACGAAGGCGUUCCCAGUACAGCAAUCCGCGAGAUUUCGCUUUUGAAGGAGCUCAAAGACGAUAAUAUCGUUCGGCUAUAUGAUAUCGUGCACUCAGACGCGCACAAACUGUAUCUGGUUUUUGAGUUUCUGGAUCUAGACUUGAAAAGAUACAUGGAAUCAAUUCCAAAGGAGCAACCACUAGGUGACAACAUUAUAAAGAAGUUUAUGAUGCAAUUGUGUAAAGGUAUCGCGUAUUGCCACUCGCAUCGUAUUUUGCAUCGUGAUUUGAAACCUCAGAAUUUGUUGAUUAAUCGCGAUGGCAACAUGAAAUUGGCCGAUUUCGGUCUAGCGCGCGCUUUCGGUGUACCAUUGAGGGCUUACACACAUGAGAUCGUUACUUUGUGGUACCGUGCACCUGAAGUUCUCUUGGGUGGUAAACAAUACUCCACUGGAGUUGAUAUAUGGUCGAUUGGGUGCAUUUUUGCUGAAAUGUGUAACCGGAAGCCAAUCUUCAGCGGUGACAGUGAAAUUGACCAAAUUUUCAAAAUAUUCCGUACCUUAGGAACGCCUAGUGAGACCGUCUGGCCUGAUAUUGUAUAUUUGCCCGAUUUCAAACCAAAGUUUCCUAAAUGGCAUCCGAAGGAUUUGGCACAGGUGGUUCCAUCACUUGAUGCACACGGUAUUGACCUCCUACAAAAUUUGCUGACCUACGAUCCAAUCAACCGGAUCAGUGCGAAAAGAGCCGUCAUGCAUCCAUAUUUUCACGGUCAGUCGUGA